AUGAGAGCUGAAAAUAGCCGACAAUGCUAUGAUGCAAAAAUAGAAAUGAAGUUUACUCAGGGAGAACUUCAGCGAUCAUGCUCAAAGACUACAGAAGAGAAGGUUGGCGACAACUGUCAUCUAAUCUGUCAAUGUAGAAUAUAUCCACCUCUACCUCCCCCACCACCACCUCCUCCUCCUCCCAGGCUCUUGGUUUCUGAACCAGCCGAAUCUAAUAUUCCUCCCAUAAAUCCAUGGUGGAAUGAAAUAGGCAUCAUAGGAAUGGUGGGAUGUGCUUCUUUGGUGUUUCUACUGAUAAUGGUUACAGUUUGCUACAAGGCAAUAAAAAGGAAACCUUUGAGGAAAGAAGAGAAUGGAACAAGCCAAAGUGAAUAUGCAAUGACUUCCAGAAACAAGGUCAUGGAUGCCAACAAUACAUUUGCAUAGAAGUCCAAGUUCAACAGGGAGAACCUGGAUUCUGCACUUCUUUCCACUCUCAACCAUUCAUUCUAAUGAGGAGCUGACCUCAGAAUGCACCUGAGAUGUCACUGUUGUGAAGCAGAAGCGACAAGACUUGGAAAGAGAAGGCAAGAUUCCAAUAGAUACUUGGAGUGGAAAACAGUCCCUUGCAAUGAAACAUUGAUGAAUGCCAGGCAUGGAUAAAAGAAUUAGUCCGGAGGUUAAAAAAAAGAAAGAAUGAUACAAUUAUAUAAACUGCAUGCAGUCUGUCGAAUACAGUAUGUUUUUAGAUUCUUCUGCCUUUUAUCGUUUUUCUGUUUUGUUUUUCAGUGCUCAAUAGUGGCAGCAUUGCUUAGCAUGAAUGGCUAAAGAAAGAGAGAGUCCCAUUAUAAUUGUCAUAAAAACAUAAUGUGCAUGGACUAAGCAGCCUUCUCUUAACCAUGUAUAGCUAUAAUGCAACAUUUCAAGCAUUCUAUAAACAGAAUUAAUGAUAGACACAAGAAUUCUAAAAACAAAAAUCUACUCGCCCUUGACAUUUUCCUGUCUUUACUAUGCAAGCUGAAUCAGCUAUGUAAUUAUUUUUAGACACUGAAAAUGUAAUUUAGAACAUCAAGCAGCACUGUAAGUGAAUUUAAGAGCAGCUAUUUUUAUGUUCAAUAUUUGUUUGACCAUUUGGGUCUUUUAUCUGAUUUGCAGAUUGAAGGAGGCUUAUUUAUUAUGCUUUUGUUCUAUAAUCAGAUUUGUUUAAAAUGGAAACACAGAGCACUGCAUUCAGGCUGAAAAUCCUAAAAGAUUCAGUUCUCAUCUCUGUAAUCUACAGUGCUCCAAAGUAGGUUAGAACAGGAUGUGAUACCGCUUCAAGGUGGGAUGGACAGAGAAACUGACAGAGACAGCUUCACAUACCACAGAGCUGUUUUGCCCAUAGCAUGCAAUUUAUUUUGUGGAAAUGUUACCCAAUGUGCAGGGACCAUUGUCAGAGUGUCAAGUGCACUGAAACAUUACAUACUAAAAACACACUAAAAUUUUGGUUUAAGCAUUUAUAUUCACUUCUUGAAUUAUUAACAGUUUCACAAGGAUUUAGAAAUCUGUCUUACCUGUCUAUCAGAAGCUAGCCAAACACAGUCUUUCAUACAACGUGGUGAGCCUUGUGUAUUGUUUUUGUUUAUUAUGACAUUUUGUUCAUUGUGUCAAGUUGGAAAAACAAAGCCUUAUUGUAAUAUACCUUAUUCAUAUUCAUAAACAAUGUAUUAUAUGUGCAGCUCUGUAGUAGAUUAUUAUUCUUCACAUAGAUAACGCAUUGGUCAGUCAUUACCAUGGUGCAAUCUGAACAGUAGCUCUCUGGCAUGAAUCUUUACACUUAUAAUAACUGUUUAGUAAUUUUUUAAGAAAUAUUUUUUAUCACUGCCAUAAAACUCACACAUUUUUUUAUAGUCACAUAAAAUGUUUAAUCGAUCAUUUAAAUGUAUUUCCACCCAUCUGUUAUUUCCACAACUUUACAGUGUAUUUCAGAUGCAGCAUGCACAAAGUGUCACUGUCAUUCCAUCUAACGGCUCAUAUAGAAUGAUCCAAACAUACCAGGUUAAAUUAACAUUUGCUAGUCUAUUUCAUUAAAUAUGGAAUAUGUCACAAAACCAGAGCAUUGUGAUGAAUACUGCUCACUUAAGGCAUCCAGCUUGAAAUCAAAUUGGAGUUCUGGGAAAUGCUGAGAAUUAGCAAAAUUGAAAAAAAAAAAUCAGUUCAUCUAGCCCUGGCUCCAGCCUGAAAUAGUAUGGGGGGCAUCUUAAAUACUGGCAGGGCCUUGUGUAAUAGGCUUCCAAAAAUCCACCAACUAAAAGUUUUUAUAAGGAGCUUGACACGAUAUUUGGAAGGGCUUAACCCAGCUAAAUGGCACCCUGAAUCUGGGCCUGAAUUGUUCUUGAUUAAUGUUCCUGCCAGGAAAUGUACCUGUCCUUUGUAUAUAGCUUUUAGGUGAGAGAAGGGUAGGUGAUUACCAAAUUACAUUAAAUUCACAAUAUUACUGUGUAUUCUAUAUCAAUAUGUUACUGUAAUACACUAUAGUUAUUUCACCUUUAAGUUGACUUAAAAUAUUAACCUACAGUGGUAAAGUGGUACAUUCUUUGGUUAACAGGCACUCAAGUUGUCCAAUACAUGGGAUCAGAACAUUUUCAGAUGAAUGGAUCAAUAGAUCUCAAAUAAUUUGUUUCAUUUAACUCACUUUUUCCAGUAGAUAAUUUCAGAGGACAGAUCAUUACCAGAAUUAUGAAGGAAUCCAAUUGUGUUAAGGGUUAUUAUAUAUGUUUUAUAGCUCAUGUGAACAUCACCAGUUUUUACAAUAGGUGAAGGCUGCUCUUCAAAAGAAAACCUGGUAUCUAGCCUACAGGGUUUACAUAAAGAUAACAUUAUAAUGUCAUUGUAGUGUUCAGAGAAUUCACAGUCCAUUAUAAAAAUCCUAAGAGGUGGUUUUAACUGUAAUCUUUACUAUCUGAUAAUCUUCCAUCAUAUGGAGCCAUAAAAUGUAAUGAUUCUUUAAAUGAAUUCUCCACCCAAGAUGUUUUUUUUAAGUAUAUGCUACUUACCCUAAGUAGAUUGUAGCUGUAGCUGAGUUAAGUUAUUAAUUGUAUGUUUUUCUUGAGAAAGGACAAUUUGUCUGAUAGAACAGUACCUAAUGGUGACCAAAGCAGGCUAACAACAAAUAAUAUCAAAAGCAGCCAUAAAAAAAAUAAUCUCAUAUUAUUCAUUUUAUGUAAUCCACACAUCAAGUCACCAUGUUGUAUGCUUACAACGUGCAAAACACAUUUAUAUUUUGCUAACAUACUGUUAAAUGAAUAACUCUGGAAAAUGAAAGUAGUCCACAAACAGGAAUAUUAUUUUGGGAGGAGUAUUCCUUUAAGUUUAAAAGUCAGUUCAACAAGUACUUAUACAGAGAUGCAGAACUGUUUUAGAACUUGAUACACAUUGCACCACAUUAACAGCCCAUCUACAACAAUACUCAAAAAGAAAUCUUCCAUCAAUACCAGGUGGGCAAAAACCUAUAUUUUAUAUAUAUACAGUAUAUGUAUACAGUAUAUCCAUUUUCCAACCUGUUGAAUCUGAACACAGGGUCA